AUGAGGAACUUGAUUACCCUCGCUGCCUUUGCUGCCGGCUCCAACGCCCUCGUUGGCCGCACUGAUAGCUGUUGUUUCAGCCUCACCUCCUCCGGCGGUGCCUCCGGUAAACUUGGCCAGCUUGGUGAUGGCCAGAAUCGCAUUGGCGAUGAUAGUUUACAACCCGCGCAAUACUGUAUCGACUCUAACGGCGCAAUCACCGAUGGCAAGGGCCGUGGAUGCAUCCUCACCCCUCCCACCACUCAACUCCAGUGUGACGAGGGUGUGUCUGCUAGCCCUGGUUUCUCUAUCAACUCCCAGGGUAAACUUGACUGCCCUACCUCUGGUGCCCCUGGUGCCCCCGGGGCUCCUGGGGCUCCUGGGGCUCCCGGUGGCGGUCAGGCGUCGGUUCCUGGUCCUCAACCCUCCUCCCCUGGUGGAGGUGGCGGCGGUGGGCCACAGCCUUCCGCUCCCGGUGGAGGCGAAGGAGGUGGAGCACCGCAGCCUUCUGGUCCUGGUGGCAGUGCUAGGCCACAGCCUUCCGCUCCUGGUGGAGGUGGAGGUGGUGGAACACCGCAGCCUCCUGGCCCUGGCGUCGGCGGCGGCGGCGGCGGGGUUGGUGGUGGUGGAGCGCCGCAGCCCUCUCCUAGCAUGCCUGCCCCAUCCGGCGGUGCUGGUAUCAAGCCUUCUGUUACACAACCUGCUCCCGGUGGCGGUGGCGGCAGUGGUACACAGCCUGGUAUCUCUGCUAGUGUGCCUCCUUUCUCCAACGGCGGUCCUUCACACCCUGGUGGUUCUGCUAGCGUGCCAGCUCCCACUGGCGGUGGUACGCAGCCUAACGUCUCUGCUGGUGUACCUCAUGUCACCGUCGGUGGUGGUACACGCCCUGGUGACUUUACUAGCGUGCCUGUCACUGGCAGCCCGCAACCCUCUGGAUCUCCUUCCGUUCCCGUUACCACUGGCGGUGGCCCUCGUCUCACCGCAUCUCCCACCGCAUCUGUCCCUGCUACCUCUGCCUCUCCUACAGGCUCAGCCACUGGAACCUCCGGCGGUGCUUGUGCCACUACCCUCUCGGGCAGUGUCCAAUCGGGUAACUACGAGAUCCCGCACCUUAUUGUUCCUGUCGACUCUUCCUCGCCCGACACCGCCGCAGGAAGUGGGCUUAACGGUACCGUGAGCUCGACCACCUCGACUGUGUUCAAUUUCGACAUCCCGAACUCCGACGCUGGCAAGACCUGCAGUCUCAUCUUCCUCUUCCCCAAGCUUGAGGAUCUCGAGACCUCGUCUUUCAGCUUCAGUGGUGAUGGAAAUAUUAACUUCGCUCAACUCUCUGCCAUCGCCGAGUCCACAACAUCCUUCAGCAAGGUGCCCUCGGUGGCCCGGGACCUUGGCACCAUCACCGUUUCCCCCGGCAACUCAUACCUUGUCUCUACCUUCUCUUGCCCAGCUGGCCAGGCCGUUGCAUAUCAGAUGAAGAACGCUGGCAGCACUGACUUCGAUUUCUUCGAGGACUGGAACCCCUCUCCUCUCGGUUUGUUCAUCACCACUUGCUAA